CGCUCACAGGUUGAGUUGGUACGGUGACAUCAAGCGAAGCGGAGCAAAGCAGAAUACCACAACUGGCGACGAGGUUAAAACGGUGAACAAAAGAAAGUGAUCGAGUGAAAUUGUGAAAAGAAAGGGAAAAAAACCAAAGGAGAGCGAAUGAUCAGAAAGAAAGGGUCGCCGGAGGGCAUGCUUAGAAACACACACACAUGCAAAUGCGUGGAUCGCAAGACAUGAAAUGAAAGCCGCAGUGCAGGAGUUAAAAGCAUACACAUGCAAAUGCGUGGAUCGCAAGCAAACAAGGAAUGCCGGAGAGUAUUUAUUAGAAAUAUGAUUUCUUGCCGGAGCGCAAACUACACGGAAAAAAAGAGGAAUCUGUCGGAGAACAGAAAAGAAAAUGGAGAAAGGGUCAGAUGGGUUUAGAAAAAAAAAAACAAAAUGGGUGGACAAACAAAAGAAUGAGCACGUGUGCUAAUAAUGUAUAAUGGUUUCAAGGAAUGGACACUUGGAACAUUUCUCAUUUCCUUUUUAGGUCGAUGGAUCGGAAUUCUAUCAGAAGCGAAUGGGUUAAGUAUAAAAGAAAUUUUAACUUCAUCAUUGCGGCAACCGAAGAGAAGAACAGAACGAAGAUACGAAACAUUUUCUUGGCAAGGGCGGGACCAGAUGUGCAGGAAAUCUUUGCCACUAUACCAGGCGCGGAUGUAAAGGAAGACGCGAGCCAAGGUAUCGAUCCUUAUAAUGUGGCUAUUCAAAAGUUGGACGAAUACUUAUGUCCCAAGCAGCACGAGGUUUUUGAACGGAAUCAAUUCUGGACACUAAAGCCGGAGCAGGGUGAAACGAUUGAACAGUUCACGUUCAGGUGUCAAAGUUUGGCCCAAAAGUGUUGUUUCGGCAAGACUGAAGAGGAAGCUAGAGCGAAUAGUGUCAUCGAUAAAGUAAUAUUAUUCGCGCCAAAUGAACUAAAAGAAAAAUUGUUACAACAUAAAGCGAUGAAUGUAGAACAAAUGAUUCAAGUAGUUAGCUCGCACGAAUCAGUUAAAAGGCAGGCACGAGAAAUACUCGCACCAGGAAAAGUCGAAACAAGGGACUAUAAUGCAAGCGAACAGGUUAACCGAGUGGUUCCGGUUAAGAGAGAGUGUUUCAGAUGCGGGAAAAAGGAUCAUUUGGCGGCUGAUCCAAAAUGUCCUGCACGUAAUAAGGAGUGCUAUAAAUGUAAGAAGGUCGGACAUUUUGGUUCGCAGUGCCGCACACCUGGAUCCACCAAAAGGCAAGGAGGAAAUGACAAUAAUGGGGCGAAACGUUACCGACAGGAAAGAGUUAGGGCUAUCGGAAACCGGACUGAAGAAGAAGAAGAAGGAAAAUCAAGCACAGAAAAUUUCAUCUACAACAUCAGCGAUGGGGGAGAGAUGCUGCGGAUUAAAGUGGGAGGUGUGAUGCUGCAUGUUUUAGUUGAUUCGGGAUGCAACAAAAACAUAAUAAGCGAGAAAGCAUGGGAAUAUCUCAGAAGAAAUAUUAUAGAAAGAGGGGUAAAUCUAACAGAGUGCAAGGAGAUAUUUUUACCAUAUGGAGAAAAGGCUAAGCCGUUAACGGUAUUAGGCAAAUUUGAGGCGUCGGUUGAAAUUGAGGAUGAGGCUAUAGAGCAUAGUCAACGGAACGUUUUCCCGAAGAUAAAAGGGCUAAAGGUAAAAAUACCUAUUGACUGCGAUGUACAACCCGUAUGCCAACAUCCGCGACGCCCACCAAUAGCACUAUUAGAUAAGAUAGAGGAGAAGAUUAAGUAUCUGCUUGAAAAAGAUAUUAUAGAACCGGUGGAGGGAGGCUGUGAAUGGGUUUCACCACUAGUACCGAUCGUAAAAGAUAACGGAGAUCUAAGACUAUGUGUUGACAUGCGUAGAGCAAACGCGGCGAUUGUAAGAGAAAGGCAUUUUAUGCCUACAAUAGAAGAUUUUUUGCCUAGAUUUACAUCGGCUAAAAUCUUUAGUAGAUUAGACAUAAAGGAUGCAUUUCACCAGGUGGAACUGGAUGAGAAAUGUAGGUACAUAACAACAUUCAUAACCCAUAUGGGCCUAUUCAGGUACAAACGACUCAUGUUUGGUAUUGUGAUAGUACCGGAGGUUUUUCAGAAAAUUAUGGUGCAGGUGUUAGCAAAAUGCAGUUCAAAUGCAGUCAAUUACAUUGACGAUAUUUUGGUUUUCGGAAAAUCUGAGAGGGAACAUGAUGAGGCCCUACAAGCGGUUCUGGACGAGAUACGGAAACAGGGCAUAUUAUUAAAUCAGGAAAAAUGCGUAUUUAAAGUACCGGUGAUCGAAUUUCUAGGGCAUAGAAUUUCGAGUCACGGCAUCGAACCCACAGAAGGAAAAAUUGAGGCGUUGCGAAAAUUUCGGGCACCUUCUUCCGCAGAAGAAGUUCGAAGUUUUUUAGGCCUAAUAACAUAUUUAGGAAGAUUUCUGCCAAACCUGGCAACAAUAACGGCACCACUACGCGAGUUAACACAUAAAGGAAUCAAGUUCGAAUGGGGGAAUAGUCAAAAAGGGGCAUUCGAGAAAUUGAAAACAAUGGUGGCGGACGUAAAACUCUUACAUUUUUUGAUAAUUCCAUGAGAACAAGAGUUAUUGCUGACGCUUCGCCGGUUGCAUUACCCAAGUGCCACAAAUCCACUAAACGACCACUAAACGGCUUCUAAACGACUCAAGU